GGGAGGGAGUGCAUGAGGACUGUAUACACAUAGUGGAGGCACCAAGUGACUGUGUGGACUACUGUGAAGCCAGCAGAGUUAUGUACUGUGCUCAUCCUGUCUCAGGCAACUCACUGAUGUAUUGCUACAACAUGAAACCUAUGUACGGGCAUUCCCCCGGUAAUGACGACAUCAACCAGAACCCGUCUUUACAUCCGUCUAGCAAGGCCUGCAGCAAUGUGUUUGCCAGCACUUUUUUUGAGGGCACCAGCAAUUUGCCCGACAUCUGGAGUGCAGUAAACGGGCUGAACCAGCAUGGCUAUGAAGGUGUACUGGGAGUGACCAGCAACCACCAAACGCAGGCGGGGAGCUUCAACAGUCUGCAGCAGCAGCAUGGCCACCUGGACUACUCUCCACACUCGGUGAUGGACAUGAACAGAGCUCUCCCUCCUAUGUCCACUUUUCACCGCAACAAUGCGCCAUCACAUGCUCCUUCGGUUAACACGACGGAGAACUCCACAGUCUCAGGAAACCAGACCAACGUGUCAAGAGGGUCCCAGACCGGGGAUACUUUGGGCAAAGCUCUGGCUUCUAUUUAUUCCCCCGAUCACACCAGCAGCAGCUUCCCUUCCAGCUCGUCCACGCCUGUGAGAUCUCCGUCCCCGUUGCCAAACGCCAGCGAAGCCGCAGGCACAAAUAUGUGGUCCCGGGGCUCCGUACAGGCACCUGCAUCGCCACAUUAUGAGUCCUCACUUAUAUCCAUGUCUCAGGUAGAGGACCGACUGGACAGACUGGACGAUGUGAUCCACGUCUUAAGGAACCACGCCGUCGGUCCCACUGUUGGCUUCGCCUCUGACAUGCACAGCCUGCUGAACCAGAACCAACACGGCCGGCCAAGCCCUGUGGCCACGCUGCCCCUCGCCUGCCACUCUCCAUCUAUGGUUGAGGCUGUCACCAUGAAUAACAACCACUCAACCUUCCAGAGCCGCACACAAAAUGGCCACCUGUACGCCAGGCAGAGGGCCACGCUUGAGCUGACGCCAGGAGAAGGCAGAGGGACUUUGGGGAAUCCCGGGAAUGUGGAGCUGAAGAUGGAAGGCAGCGAGAAGGAAGACAUGAUGCACACCGGUCACAGCUCCGACAGUCAGAGGUCAGACGAGGAGGGCGACCACAAGAUGCAUGGAGAAAACAGCAGGGACAGCAUCCAUGAGGAUGAAGAUCUGAGCCCGGAGCAGAAGGCCGAGCGUGAGCGUGAGAGGAGGAUGGCCAACAACGCUCGGGAGCGUCUGCGUGUGCGGGACAUCAACGAGGCCUUCAAAGAACUGGGUCACAUGUGUCAGUUGCAUCUCAAGAGCGAGAAGCCACAGACCAAAUUGCUAGUGUUGCACCAGGCCGUGUCCGUCAUCCUCAGCUUGGAACAACAAGUCAGAGAAAGAAACCUCAACCCCAAAGCAGCAUGUCUCAGGAGGAGAGAAGAAGAGAAGGUCUCUGGUGUCAUGACAGAUCCACAGUCCAUGCAUGGCGUGUUUCAUCCAGGUCUGACUGACCCGCCAAACCCAAUGGGUCAUCUCUGAUUCUCCAAAUACAGUGACGAACAACUCCUAAUUACCAAUGUGGACUUACAUGCCUAAAACAUUUAUAUUUUUAUUACAAUUUGGUCGGUGAUACGGUGUUAAAGGCCCCAGCUGAGCACUACAUUGCGUGUGUUAGAGCAUUCGUUUUUUAAAUCACUAGCUGAUAAAAGCUUCACUUUCUCAGACAGAUCAACUCUUGAGUGUCAAAAUUGGGCCCAAAAGCAGAAAAAAAAGUGUUGCUGCAGCUGUACAUUUCUGGCUUCUCUAACACACCUCUAACUUUGUGCCUAAACAUUUACUUCGAACAGACAAAUGCAUUGUAACCUGCAGAUGUUUUGUACAUUUUUUUUCUAUAUUUAUUAUCUUUACCCAGUUGUGGCGAGGUGUCAUCGGCAGUUAUCACUAUUUCCCCACAAUCACAGACAUGUCCACAUUUGUGUGUGUGUGUGCUCCGACAGCAGAUUCAAUUUGUUCUGUGGCAUCGAGAGUGUGCGAGCUGCUGUAAGUGUGUGUGUUGCAGGAGUUGGACCAUUCUGUGAAUGAACAGAUCUCCAAGAAUGUUAUCGUUUGCAUUAUAUACAAUAUAUAUUCAAGCUGUUCUAUUGAUUAGCACUGUUAAGAGGAGUAAACACUGGUGGUCAAAAACUAAAAACUUCACAUUGUUCCUCUUCGGACCUAGCCAAAUGGUUGUUCUGCAUGUUUAAUUAGGACUUUUCCUUUUUUCUAAGUUAUGUAAGUUAUCUUUUAUACAAAUUAAGAAUGUGUGUUUAUGUUCAUUUUGUCACUCUUGAUUUUACACAGGAGGAAGAUUUGUGUGCAGUUUUACUAGACACGGUUCAUGUUUUUGAGCAAUAUGUUAACACAGCUGAGUUAUGGUUUAUUACAAAUCUUAUAAAGUCAUCAAAGAUACUGCUACUGCAUCAUAACAUGUACAGUGUGUGUACAUUUUGACGUAGCAAGGAGGCAUGUGUCUGGAUGUAGCAAUAAAUGUUUUUCUUGA